AUUAUUGAUUAAAAUGUAACAUGUUUUAAUCCUAACAAUCAACCUCACCCUUUAAUCUAAUCUAGAUUAGAAAAGUUAAUUUUUUCCUUCAUUCCUUGUACAUGUAAAUUGUGAUUGUUUGAUUAACUUUUUUUUACAAUAAAAAGAUCAUAAUUUCCACCAAUUAUCAAAUUAUUAGCUCGAGAAGAGUCAAAGUAUCAGGAUGAAUUGUUACAUUGUUACGUGUUUAUUGUUUCUCUCAAUUGUUAACACAAUUGGCAAUGUUCAUGGUGGACUGUUCAAAUCUCGAGUUCGAACUCAACCUGAACAAAUUCAUUUGUCACUAGGAAGUAAUCCAAGUGAAAUGACGGUUACAUGGACAACUUUUGAUAGAACUGACCAGUCGAUUGUUGGUUAUGGAAAGAGAAAAAUUGAAGAAUCGGUUAGUGGAUAUUCGAGUAAAUUCACCGAUGGAGGGUUCGAAAGACGAUCAAUGUACAUUCACCGAGCUACGAUGACAAACUUAGAACCAGGAGAAACCUAUGUUUAUCGAGUUGGUAGUGAUCUUGGUUGGUCUCCAAUUUUCUGGUUCAAAGCGAUUAAAAAUGGUUCCGAUUGGAGUCCAAGGUUAGCGGUUUAUGGUGACCUGGGUAAUGAUAACUCUAAAUCUUUGCCUCGAUUACAAGAAGAUGCUCAAAGUGGACGAUUUGAUGCAAUUCAUCAUAACGGUGAUUUUGCUUACGACUUGCAUUCGGAUAAUGCUCGAAUCGGUGAUGAAUUCAUGAGACAAAUUGAACCAAUCGCUGCUUAUGUACCCUAUCAAACUUCAGUUGGGAAUCACGAACAAGCUUAUAACUUUUCAAAUUAUGUUAACCGUUUCUCAAUGGUGGACACUCAAAGUGGACAGAUAAACAAUCACUUCUACAGUUACAAUCUUGGUCCAGCUCACAUAAUCAGUUUCUCGACAGAAUUUUAUUUCUUCAUUCAAUAUGGAUUGGGUCAAAUGUUCACACAAUUCGAAUGGUUAGAAGCGGAUCUAAUUGAGGCCAAUAAGCCAGAAAACCGUGAACAAAGACCUUGGAUAAUUACUUUAGGCCACAGACCGAUGUAUUGUAAUACAGAUGGUUUAUUGUCAAUUUUAGAUGAUUGUAGACAGCGAGAAUCGGUGGUUCGUAAAGGUCUUCCUAUUUUCCAUCUUCUCGGACUUGAGGAUCUCUUUUACAAAUAUGGUGUCGAUUUAGAGAUUUGGGCUCACGAACAUCUUUACGAACGAUUAUGGCCAAUCUACGAUCAAAAGGUUUACAACGGAAGUACUUCCGAGCCUUAUACCAACCCAGGGGCACCCGUUCAUGUCACCACAGGAUCAGCGGGCUGUCCUGAAGGCAUCGAUCCAUUUGUUUCCCAUCCAGCUGAUUGGAGUGCCGUUCGAAUCUCUGAUUAUGGCUUCUCAGUGAUGACCAUUCACAAUAAGACUCAUCUAACAUAUCAACAAUUAUCUGCUGACAAGAAUCAUUCAAUUGUUGACCAAUUUACAAUAGUCAAGGAUAAACAUGGGCCUUACAGGCAUGUGAUCAACUAAAUUGUUAAUGAUUAUGUUUCAUGUGAAACUUAAUUUUACCUUUUAUUGGACAAUUAAAUUAGUUUAAUUAUCAA